AGUCCUGCAAACAUGUCACAUCCCGAUGAUGUGCCAGGCACAAUCCUCCUCUGGGAUGCAACCGAAACCCCAAACGCGCUCAGUCAUGAGGGCCAAGUUGUGCUUCAGCCCCAGCCAAGCAGUGAUCCCGACGAUCCACUCAACUGGAGCAGGUCGAGGAAGUCAUUAGCCAUCGGUAUGGUCUAUGUCUAUGUCCUGGGAGUUGGUAUUUGCACGACAGUGCAUUAUUCCGUCUUGACUCAGAUCGCCGACGCUCAAAAUCUUCAAGUCAGCCAACUCAAUCUCGGAACAGGCCUGAUGUUCCUUUUCUUGGGGUGGGGGAACUUGUUCUGGCAGCCCAUUGCUAUGGCAUACGGCCGUAGAGGAGUCUACAUUGCCUCUAUAGUCCUCUGCAUUGCCCCCGUCCUUUGGACUCCCUUUUCUCAUGGUGCCAGUCAAUGGUACGCCCAUCGCAUCAUCCUCGGUUUCAUUGCAGCCCCAAUCGAGUCUCUCCCGGAAGUUUCGGUGCCGGAUCUCUUCUUCGCCCAUGAGCGCGGUAGCUUUAUGGCAUACUAUGCCCUGGUGCUCUUUGGGUCCAACUUUUUUGCGCCCUUUCUCGCAGGGUUCAUCAACGACGGCGCCGGUUGGCAUUGGGUUAUGUACUUUGCUGCCAUCUUGCUGGUUGCUUGUGCGAUACUUUUAUUCUUCUUCAUGGAAGAAACCAUGUACUUCCGAGAAACCACAGAAGGUGGCACCAUCACCACGGACGAAAAGACCUCGUCACCAUACCACGAAACCUCGGAAACAUCUAUUCCAGCACCUAAACCAUACUUGCAAAAGCUUCGGCUGUUCACGGUCGCCCAAGGAGGCCCCACCCCGCGACAAACAAUCGAGAAGGUGUGGCGGGCCUUUGAGAUUUUAAUCUGGUUUCCCAACAUUGUGUGGGCGGGUCUGUUAUACGGUACCAACCUUGCCUGGUACAGCGUCAUCAAUGGAACAAUGUCGAGCAUUCUUGGAGGGAGCCCCUACAACUUCUCACCGGCAAUGGUUGGAGUUGCCUAUCUAUCGCCUUUGGCCUUUAGUGCCGUCGCCUCAAUUUGGUCGGGUUGGUUUGCGGACUUGGUUGCCCUUCGGUUAGCAAGACGCAAUCAUGGUAUUCGAGAACCAGAACAUCGACUUUGGGCUCUCAUCUUAUCGGCCAUUGUCUCAACGGGCGGUUUAGUCAUGUGGGGAGUGGGCGCCAGUCACGACCUUCAUUUCAUGGGACUGAUCUUUGGCAUUGGCUUUACAACCUUUGGAGUUGUCUGCGGGGGCGCCAUUUCCCUGUCCUAUGCAGUGGACUGCUUCAAGGAAAUAGCUGGAGAGUCUCUUGUUACUGUCAUCCUCAUUCGCAACUCUCUCGGCUUUGCAUUCAAUUACGCCAUAAACCCUUGGAUCGACAGUCUCGGACUUCAGAACUGCUUCAUUUCCGUCGCUAUGAUCUCUUUGUUUUCGACCGGUACAUUUCUUCUCAUGGUUGUGUGGGGAAAGAAACUCCGCAUGUUUUCUGCCGCAAGGUACUGGGCUUAUGUCUCCGAAGAUCGGGCUGCUGGCGGGCAUUAGGCCAGCUCUGCUCUAUGUGUUCGUUUUGGGCCUGUUGCCACGGACAGUCCAAGAACAUUUUAAUUCUCCCCCUGUCCUAUUCACAGAAGUCUCUGGAUAAAGGGCUCUCAUAGUUGGAUUGGACAUUUAUUGUAUGUAGAUGGACAUUGAUAUCUCAAGGGGUGAACCGCACUAUUCCUGUUGUGUAUUGCGGUCAGAAAUCGACACUCUUUACAUAGGUUUCAUAAGCUACAUCGAAGAAAUCGC